GGGGAAGCCGUUGUGGAGUCGGGCUGCCACCCCACCCUGCCCAAACUGCCGACCUUGCGCCGAAUUUCAAUCCUCAAAAACCAUGUAUUCCGCAACCCACGUCCUAUACCAACCCCUUACAUCGAAUACAUCGAAAUCGAGAUUUUAUCUGGAAAGAUGGGCGACAUUGCAGCAACCAAGUUAGAUCACGAGAAUCACCUUCUCCUCGAUCAACCUCUCCUCCGCCUUCCUAUCGAGCUUCUACGGAAGAACUUCCGGUCCGCCCACUUCGAAGUCGAAAAAGAUGGCACGUACAUCAAAAACACACUAAAGGAAACAGCAACAGCAUGCGUGAACGGGGGCGCCUCGCAGGCCGAUGUGCUCAAAAACCUCGACACGAUGAUCGCCCGGAUGCGCGGCGUGAAGCGGAAACUAACCGCCUUCGCCGAUGAGGAGCAGCGGCUACACCGCCACGAAGAGGCCCGCGUCCGCCACCUCAACGAGUUGUACUCUAUGUACGGCGUCGACGACGUUAAAUACGAAGCCUGGAGCCGCACCCGGCUCGACCGUCUUUUAGUCGAUUACCUCUUGCGCCACGGCUAUAACCAGAGCGCGAGGGCACUCGCUCAGGAGAAGGGCAUCGAGCCGCUUGUAGACCUCGACACUUUCGAGCAGAUGAGCCGGAUCCGGAAAUGCAUUCUGAACCGGAGCGUCACGGAGGCGUUGGCGUGGUGUACGGCGGGGGACACGAAGAAGGAGCUUCGAAAGAUGGACAGUAACCUAGAAUUCAUGCUGCGCUUCCAGCAAUACAUCGAGCUAGUCCGGGACCACUCGACCAAACCCACCGAAAUCCUCUCCUACGCGCGCAAAUUCCUGCUCCCUUACCAGCACACCUACAAGAAAGAAGUUAUGCAAGCCUGCGGCAUGCUAGCCGUGCGUCCCAGCGCCGAAACCAACGUCUACGCAGAGCUAUACUCCCCGGACCGGUGGGAAAUGCUCGCCAACCUAUUCACAUCGACGCACAACGCACUACUCUCCCUACCAUCCGUCCCGCUCCUCCACGUCGCGCUAAGCUCCGGACUCUCCGCCCUAAAGACACCAGCCUGCCACUCCUCGCACCCGUCCUCCGCCGCCGGUCCCCCCUCCCACUCAACGUCUCUCUCCCUAGCCUCCAGCGUCUGCCCCAUCUGCAGCACCGAGCUGAACGAGCUCGCCCGCGGCGUGCCCUACGCCUUCCACAGCAAGAGCCACGUCGAGCCCGACCUGUUCCUGCUGCCCAACGGCCGCGCCUACGGCAAAGCCCGCCUCGACGAGUACGCCCGCAAGGCCGGGUUGCUCGAGGACCAGGUGAAAGACCUGCGCACCGGGGAGGUGUUUGGGUACGAGCGCUUGAGGAAGGUGUAUAUUACAUGAUUGGAGGAGGGUUUAUUAGUUGGUAAGUUGGUUGGCUGGCUGGCUAGUUGCGCAAAGGAGUGCUUGCUUUACGUACGACGUUUACGAUACGAUAGUAUGGUUAUAAUGGUUAAUGACGCGGUGGACCGUGUAUUCUUACCCACCUACUUUUACCUAACCUAGGCGCUUGUUCUAGCGGUAGUGGUUCUCCUUCUACGUAUCUAUAUAUAGGUACGUAGGUAGGCAGCUUUUAUAGUCUUCGAGACAGUGCCUGGCGACAGGUACCCGUUGUUGUUGUUUGUUGUUGUUGUUAUCAUCGGCAUCGUCGUUUAGGGGGGAAAACGGCGUAAUGCAUACAUGCGUGCGUGGAGCUUGGGAAUUUUAUUUUAUUUUAUUUUACGGUCAACUUCUUAUUUUUGGAUAACUACCUAUGAGUACUGAUGAAAUUGUUGAUAUAUACAUGUAGUUAAGUGAUAUGAUGGGUAUUAUUUAUUGUGAGAAGGUUAGCCUAGAUUUUGCC